GCGGCGGCCGGGCCGGGCCAUGGGGAAGGAGCAGGAGCUGCUGGAGGCCGCCCGUACCGGGAACCUGCCCGCCGUAGAGAAACUGCUGUCGGGAAAACGCCUCAGCUCCGGUUUCGGUUCCGGGGGAAGCGGAGGAGGUGGUGGUGGAGGUUCCGGGGGUGGUGGAGGCAGUGGAAGCGGCGGUGGAGGAGGAGGAGGUGGAGGUGGUGGUGUGGGGCACCCGCUGUCCAGUCUGCUGAGCAUCUGGAGAGGGCCAAAUGUGAACUGCGUUGACAGUACUGGAUACACUCCACUGCACCAUGCUGCUUUGAAUGGUCAUAAGGAUGUGGUGGAAGUCCUCUUGAGGAACGACGCGCUCACCAACGUGGCAGACUGUAAGGGCUGCUACCCCCUGCACCUGGCAGCUUGGAAAGGAGAUGCAGACAUAGUGAAGCUCCUCAUCCACCAGGGACCUUCGCAUACUAAAGUGAAUGAGCAGAAUGCUCUUGAGAUCAAAGAACUCAAAAAGUACGGCCCCUUUGACCCAUAUAUCAAUGCCAAGAACAAUGACAACGAGACAGCACUGCACUGCGCCGCGCAGUACGGCCACACCGAGGUGGUGAAGGUCCUCCUGGAGGAGCUCACCGACCCCACCAUGCGUAACAACAAGUUUGAGACCCCCCUGGACCUAGCCGCUCUCUACGGGAGGCUGGAGGUUGUGAAGAUGCUGCUGAACGCUCACCCCAAUCUUUUAAGCUGCAACACAAAGAAACACACUCCCCUGCACUUGGCGGCGAGGAACGGUCACAAAACCGUAGUCCACGUCCUCCUGGAUGCUGGCAUGGAUAGCAACUAUCAGACUGAAAAAGGCAGUGCUUUGCACGAAGCUGCUUUGUUUGGCAAGACAGAUGUGGUACAAAUAUUGCUGGCUGCAGGUAUUGAUGUGAACAUAAAGGAUAACAGAGGCCUGACGGCUCUGGAUAUCGUGAGGGAGCUUCCUUCUCAGAAAAGUCAACAUAUAGCAGCUCUCAUUGAAGAUUACACGACUGGGAAGAAAAGUGCCAAAGCUGCAGACAAGACAGCGCAGGCACCGCCUGCUCCAAGCACCGACCCUGCGUGCUGGAUCCCUCAGGGUGAUGUGGAGAAAGCAGUGACAGAGCUGAUCAUAGACUUUGAUGUGAACCCAGAAGAGGAAAGCCCAUAUGAAGCUUUGUACAACGCAACGUCCUGUCACUCCCUGGACAGCCUUGCCAGUGGGAAGUCUUCAGACAGAGAGUCUGUGAAUAAGGAAGUGGAAGCAGCUGGCCUUAAAGCAGCAGGAGUCAGGCCUAGAGAGCGUCCACCCCCCCCUGCUAAACCACCGCCUGAUGAAGAAGAGGAGCAGCACACGGAGAAGAUGGGCCAUGGUGCUUCCUGUGAGGCCACUGUUGCACGAGGAAAGAGCAGAGGAAGUGGAGCUGAGGAGGAGGAGCACCCUUAUGAGCUGUUGCUUACAGCGGAGACUAAAAAGCCAGUGGCAGUGGAUAGAAAAACAAAAGACCACAGGAGGAGCAGCGGUGGCCGCAGCCAGGACUCUGCAGACAGCCAGGACAUCCAGGUUCCGGAGCAGUUCUCGGGGCUGCUUCACGGUUCUUCCCCCAUCUGUGAAAUAAGCGAGGACCCUUUCAGGCUCGUUCCCUCCGCGGAGAAAGGAGGCGUGGAAGCAGCGAGCCACCCACCUGCUAUGCAGCUGGAGGAUGCUGAUUUACCUGCCCCUGCAUCAGCACCGACCGGCUCUCCAGAACACAACCAGAAAGCAAUCUACGCAACCGUCCAACACGCUCACGUCAACCGGGCGGAUCCUGAAACUGUAGGCACGCCCCACGUGCUCCAGCACCCCGGCGCUGCCGAGGACGAGGGGGACAGAGGUGGUGCUGUGGGCAGAGCCCACCCGGGGAGCAAACCCAAAGCCGAGCUCAAGCUCAGCCGCAGCUUGUCCAAAUCAGACUCCGACCUCCUGACCUGCUCCCCAACGGAGGACGAUGCCAUGGGGAGCCGGAGCGAAUCGCUCUCCAACUGCAGCACUGGGAAGAAGAGGUUGGAGAAGUCGCCGUCCUUUGCUUCGGAGUGGGAUGAGAUUGAGAAAAUCAUGAGCUCCAUUGGCGAAGGCAUCGACUUCUCCCAGGAGCAGCAGAGGAUCUCAGGUUCUCGGAUGCUGGAGCAGAGCGUGGGGGAGUGGCUGGAGUCCAUCGGCCUGCAGCAGUACGAGAGUAAGCUGCUUUUGAACGGCUUUGAUGAUGUCCGUUUCCUGGGCUGUAAUGUCAUGGAGGACCAGGACCUUCGGGACAUUGGGAUCGGAGACCCGCAGCACCGCCGGAAGCUCCUGCAGGCAGCUCGCUCCCUGCCAAAGCUGAAGCCCCUGGGCUGUGAUGGGAACAGCCAGCCGUCCGUCCCUGCCUGGCUUGACUCCUUGGGGCUGCAGGAUUACAUCCAGUCCUUCCUCUCGAGCGGCUACAGCUCUAUUGACACUGUGAAAAACCUCUGGGAGCUUGAAAUAGUCAACGUGCUGAAGGUGAACCUGUUGGGCCAUCGGAAGAGGAUCAUCGCCUCGCUGGCUGACCGGCCCUAUGAGGAACCCCCAGCAAAGCCACCACGCUUCUCACAGCUGAGAUGCCAGGACUUGAUGUCCCAGACGUCGUCACCUCUGAGCCAGAACGACUCCUGCACGGGCAGAUCUGCUGAUCUCCUGCUGCCCUCUGGGGACUCUGGGAAGAGGCAACACGAGCGUGGCAGUGAGCUGGCGACGUACUCCAAAGUUGAGCGCUACAAAGCACAGGAGGACCGUCGGGAGUCAAAGCUGACCCUGCGCCCCCCCAGCCUGGCUGCCCCCUACGCACCGGUCCAAAACUGGCAGCACCAGCCAGAGAAGCUCAUCUUUGAGUCCUGCGGGUACGAGGCCAACUACCUGGGCUCCAUGCUGAUCAAGGACCUCCGAGGUACAGAAUCAACGCAGGAUGCCUGUGCCAAGAUGAGGAAAUCCACAGAGCAUAUGAAGAAAAUCCCGACCAUAAUACUGUCCAUCACAUACAAGGGAGUGAAGUUCAUCGAUGCCUCUAACAAGAAUGUCAUUGCUGAGCAUGAGAUCCGUAACAUCUCCUGUGCUGCCCAGGACCCUGAGGAUCUCUGCACGUUUGCCUACAUCACCAAGGACCUGCAGACCAGCCACCACUACUGCCACGUCUUCAGCACCGUGGAUGUGAACCUGACUUACGAGAUCAUCCUCACCCUGGGGCAGGCGUUCGAGGUCGCUUACCAGCUGGCCCUCCAAGCCCAGAGAGCGAAACCUCUGGGUGCUGCAGCGGGAGAAACGAUCGAAACAAAAUCUUCCAAACCGGUGCCUAAACCACGAGCUGGCGUGAGGAAAUCCGCACUGGAGCCCCCUGAAAUGGACCAAGAUUCCCAGUCUCAUGCCAGUGUCUCGUGGGUCGUGGACCCCAAACAGGACUCCAAGCGGACCCUCAGCACUAACUGCUCGCACUGAGCCCCGCGUAGGCACUACGUCAAAGGCAGCAGCACUUAAGAGACUGUAGACUUAAACGGCUUUUGUACCUGAUCACUACUGAACACUGUGAAUUCUCCUUACUCGGAAACAAGGGUAACACGCUGUUAGAUCCCCAUCAGGUGGGAGGUGCAGAGGGGUGCAGGCUGGGGGCAUCCGAGAUGCGGAGCCAGGAAGCUGCCCACCAUUUUCACGUCUUUCCCCUCGCUCUGGCACUGUGACUCCCUGGGGUGACAUGGCACUCCCCCAGGCCUUUUUUUCUAUUUCACCUUCUUAUCCUCGGACUGAUGGAGACCUCUUGUCUCUGCGGUGCACACACUCUCUCCUUCUCUCUCCUCUACUUCCCAACUGAACCACGGCUGCACACUGUUCCAGUGAAGUCACCCCUCUCCUUACUGUCACUUGAAUCGACACUAACCACUGUGAUGCUGUCUGCAAAUAACACCUUCACUAGAUUUCCUCACAGGGACCCUGCUCACAGCCUCUCUCCUCGAAGCAUGGAGCAGAACAGCUGCUCUGCUGGGGGCACAGCCUUGGGCUGGGUGCCACUGUUCCCACUGUGAGCUCGGGCCCUUCUUGGGGCCGUGAGUGUCCUGCAGGAGCUGUGUGGCUGCGUGCAUUUCCGUCCCUUUUAGGGCUUACCCCCACAGUCCUUGUGUUCUUGCUCACCAGACCACUGUGAGCUCUGGGUGUGGUUCUCACUUUGCAGAUUACGAAGAGGUCAGGCACUGAAAGGCUCAUGCUGCUGGCCCUGUGCUGGGAAGGAGCCGUGGUUGAGCCGUGCUGUCAGGGGGUGCAGCAGGCAGAGCUGUGCUGUGCUCAGUGCAUUUCCUGCGGUUUCACAUCUUUGCCAAAGGGAGGAUUGUGAUUGAAAUCAGUCUGCUGCUGACCCAAAGCCUAUUUUUCAGUCUAUAAAACAUUGCACGAUGAGAGCUAUAGGGAUCUUGAAACAUCUGUUGUCUUUCAUCCGUGAGAGCAAGGAUUUUGGUUAGAAAUGGCCAUGUGUCAGCGGGCACCUUGGCCUUCCUGGCUCUUUCCCAAGUGCACAUGUUUUUCUCUGGGAGAACGUCCCCAUUUCUGUGUGUCUUGGUAGAAGCUGCUUUUGGCUCCAGGAUAUGGGCUGGAAAUUGUUUGCAUGGGAUGCAGGGCAUUCAGCACAGUCAGAGUGGAGCUGGGCAGCCCACAUAGCUGCCCACACAGGCUGUCCCUGGGUCUGUCCCUAUUUCCUUCUCUUGCAUUUGCAAAGGAGCAUUUAAGCAGAGGAGGAGGAGGAUGGGGAUGGUUCAGUAGCUGCCAGCACUGGAAGGCAGGGCUCCAGCCCAGUACUGCUUCUCCCCAACUUGCUGUGUCCCAACUACUGAGCCUCUCUUUGCCUCAGUUUCCUUAUUUUCAGGAUGGGGACACACAUAGCUACCUCUCAGGGGGUGAGGCGCUCUCUGUCCCCACAGCUGCUUGAGGGCCCUUUAGUGAAAAGCAUUGCAACUUCCACACAGUGGCAGCAAAUCCACUGUGCUCUGCUUUGCUCUCCAGCAGAGUGUAGAGCUCUCAGUCCCAGAGCAAUGCUCACAUCCCAGCUCCUUGUGGGCAGUGGCUGCCAAACCUUUCCCAGGGAGGGGCUGAGCAGAUGGGGCAGCUGAAGGUGAGCUGUAGCUCACUGAUGUGCCUCAGUGCGGGCUUUGCAUCUCUGCCGCAUCCCCCACAGCCCAGGUUUGGUGAGCUGGGGGUGACAGUGAGUGUGUUAGAAGAUAAGGGGAUGGCACUUCUCACUCAGCUGUGUGGCACAUCUGCGUGGGCAUGGUGUGUGUGUGUGGACAUGGUGCACUCAGGGCUCUUGUGAUGCUCUGCUUGCAAAAUAGUUUUUCAGAUUUCACCCCAAAUCUCUCUUUGUGAUCACCAUCAGAAAUAAACGGUCAGACCAGCAACCCUGAGUUGCUGACACCUGUUAUGUGGGCAUGUUUGUUCUCAUUUCUAAGUUUCACUGAGGCCUUUGGGCUUCUGUUCCCCAGCCCUGUGGUGAAAUCAGAUGUUUCAACAUCUUUAUUGAGCUCUUCCUCAGGAACGAGUUUGAUCUUUCAAAUCCUUCGUGGCUUAAUGGCAUUGAGUGGCAAACUGACUUCAAAACAAGGGCCAGGCUGGUAGGAAUCCAAAUGAGAGGACUCGAGGGAUUGCCUUAAAGCAAGGGAAGCAAAGCCCAGCUGUGUACGUGCAAUUCACGUGUCAGGAAGCCCUUAACACAGAGCCAGUGGUCACACUGCCCUGCCCAGAACGCUGCAGUGUCUGCGGAGCUCCGGGGUUUGGGUUGGAUGCUCAGUGCCUUUCCAAUCUGUAAGAGUGCCCUGAGGCAUUUAUAUCCCUUGGAGAGAAGCUGAGUUCAUGAUAGCAGUGGUAGUUUGGAUUUACCGUGCAGCUGCCCACACGUGUGCCUGCUCCUCGAGGGUCUGAGCUCUGCACUCCCCCUGCUUUCAGCUGGGAUCUGUCGGUUCCUCCUGACGCCGGCUCACUGGUGCGUGUGCCUUCCUGAGGGUGACCCUACCCCGGCCGGGGUGGCAGGCAGCCCUGCCUAACUGCAAAGCUUCCUCUGCGUCCAUAACCUCACGGUUGUCUCAUCUCCUGGCUGCACGCCUCGUCUUUCCCAGCACUUGUGUUUGUAUGACUCGGAAAUCAUUCAUUCCAUUAUCUUCCUUUCUGUUUGCCUCUGAAAAGCUGAGCUCCGGGCAGCUGUCUCCUACCACGGAAAUGUAGUAACGGGGCAGAGACCUAAGAAGCAGUGGCCUGCCGACACGAAGACCGUCUCCAUCUGGCACUGGUGUCUGCCUGUGAGGGUGUGCAUGGCUGCUCAGUGAGGGCUCCCAAAGCAGAGGGGGAAAGGGAUCCCAGCCACCAGCUGAGAAAAGCAGCUCUCCAUUUCUAGCAAAGGAAAGUUGAGACUUCCGAGGCCGAGCGAUGUCACGUUUUCUAGUCUGAGACAAACUGCUUUCAACCCGUUUCUUUCACACAUGAAAUGAUACAGAGCAAAUCCAGUUCACAGUCUCAAUGUAGCACUGCAGUGGUUUUUGUUUUUUUUGUGUGUGGUUGGUUUUUUUUUUUUUGGUGAGGGGAAAAAAAAGAAAUGAUUUACUGAGAAUCUGCACAGUCCAGCAAGGAGUACAAUAGAAAGUCUUACCGGUGGGAUGGUGUGUGCAUCUCUUAUGGUACUUAAAUCUGCUUCAAUUCUGGGUGAACAGUAGAGAAACGCCAAAUUCUUGGAAAUAACUUCCUCCAGUGUGAGAAGCCUUGCAGGGUAAGUCUGCAUCCUUUGUUUUCAAAGCCACUCCAUGCUUUUAUACCAAUGGAAAUCACUUAAGGAAAAGUCUGCGAAGGAUCUCUCACCUCGGAGUGGCUGUGGCCGAGCAUUUACUGAUGGUACAAAGCUUGCUUCCCCACGGAGAACUGUUGCAUUGCAAUACUUGACAUUUCUAUGGCAAGGACACAACUUCUUCCCAUUUACGCACUGAAUACCUGGAGAGGAGUCCUUUCUCCAGCCUCUUGUGCACCUGUCUUGUUUUUUAAAUGCAGUUAUGCCCUGACGGGUUGGGUGUUGUUUUUAAUUUUUAAGCUUAUUCAAUUGUGAUUUAGCACUUUUUUUUUUUAUACUAGCUCAUUAUUUAAUAAGUGCAACGAUUUUGGAAGACGAACAAAAGAGGAGUUACAUUUUGGGCAUUCCACUGGCACAGUCCAUAGCCGAGGAUAAAUCAUAAGUCCUAUCGACCCACGGAUGGCCUGGCCCCAGCAGCCCCAAACGCUGCCAUCUCAGAGGUGUGCUGUCUGCUUGCUUGCUCUUUGGAUCACAGCAGGAUUUACCAGCAGUUUUGGCUGCGGCCGAUGUGUUUUCACAGCUCUGUUCCCCUGGAGGGAAGGCUGUUAGGAGAGUUGUGAUUUUUAAUUCUUCCAAUGCAAAAACCGUAGCGCAGCAGCCUGGUACAAUCUCCGCAGGGCUGCAGUGGCUGGGGAUGUGCUGCCCUGCUGCUUUGCCAGGACAAGAUGCCCUAAUGAUGCCUGUUUAACUCCGGUUGCUGCUGUAUGUCAGGAUUCAGUCUCCCUAGCUGGUAGGACUAGGAGAGAAGUGAACCGUAAUCCCGAGGGCACAGAGCUGUACAUGAUGAGGAGGGGGAAGCGGAGAUUAUUUUUCUUUUUUACAUGGAUGAAUUUAGAGAACCUAACAUUCCUUGUUAUGAGUAUGUUGCAAUUCAUACUGGUGUAAGUGUAAAUAUUUGGUGUGUUGGCAACAAGUCUUUUUGGAGAGAUUGCAAAUUGAACCUCUGCUUGGGAGGAGGGACACCCUUCUGUUCUGACACAUACAUGAGCUUUGCGAAGGUUGGCUUGGAGGUGAAGUGGUGAUGAAGACUCCAAUCUUCAGGGGGCUGGACGUUGUGACCCUGGUGGUUCUUUCCAGUCCUGUGUGUAAUUCCAUGGUUGUCUUUAGUGAUCCAGCAGUUCUUUAGCCAGAUACUCUUUCUCACUUCAUAGAAGCAGUUGUUUUGGCAGUGCAUCUUCCCCUUUCAUUUCAGUGGGGUUUUUUUGAGGUACUUGCAUGCUGGAGACUGAUCCUGGGUCACCGACUCCGAGUGCUUUGUUAUCCCAUCCAUGACGCAGUGUUUUGGCUUUUCCUCCCCACAGGGUUUCACGGUAUCUGGAGGAAAGUGCUCUGCAUUUCUGGUGCUGGUUAGAAUCUAAAUGCACUCACUGCCUGCCUGGGACAGGCGGUGCAGCCCUGGGUUUUGUGUUUUACAGACUUCCAGUUGGACACAGCAUGAGUCCAGGCUGAGAACUCAAGGUAGAUCAACUGUGUUUGUCUUUUUUUUUUUUUCCUUCAGUAGAGGAGGGGAUGAGUUUUUAUUUUCCAAAUUGAAGCUGCUUUAUCCUUUUUAAUUUUGUAUUUACAAAAAAAAAAAAAAAAAGGAGAACAAAAAAGAAGAAGCUGAUUGUAGCUGUUUGAACUUGCUUUGGGAUUUUUCUUUUUAGGAGAAAAAACUGAUGCAGUUUUGGUGGGGUAUGUGCCUGUUGCCUGUUUCCCUCCUGGGGAGAAGGCAGGACACCGUGCAGGACUUGCCUCCAAUGAAAUGUGAGGUACCAUCACAGGGCUGCUGUGAGACACAGACCAGAUGCCAAAUAGUACUUCCAAACAACUGCUCUGUGUGCAGCUGAUGUGGGUUUAAUUGCUUUAAUGCUCCUUCCACCCCACGUCAGAAGCUUCUAGCAGCAGAACUUCCUCUGGCUUUCUUCUGCUUGCAUCAUUUCCAUGCAAUCAGAUCUUUAUUUUAGAGCGAGCACAGAGUUUGCGACGCUGUCUUGUUGCAAAAAGUCUCCCUUUUAGGUCUCAUAUUGGCAUUACCUACUGCAUUUUAAUUUAAUUUAAUUUUUUGUUUUUCAAAAGGAAGUACGUGUGCUGCUCUUACCAAGUAGAUCUAGCUCAAACACUUUUCUUACCCAUGGAAGAAUAACCUGAGAUUCCCUAACAGGGCAGAGAACAGUCGAGUUCAGUUUGCAAUGUAGACAUUUUUGCUAAUUGUGAUGUAUGACAGUGGGACUGAUUUGUAAUACAAAUGUUAUUUAAUCUGUCUGUAUUUUGAUACUUGAAUUUCCUUUUAUUUCCUGUAUAUACAAUUGUUAAUCUGUUCGAAUUUGUCUGAAUUUUAAACAUCUUGUGGUACCAAACAUAACCAAUCUGUGCAACAACAUAGACUGACCUCACUACAACAAGGCGAGAUUGUAAAUAUUCCUGGGCUUCCAGCAGUCGUUUUGUUGUUUUCAUAAUUGUACAACUUAGAACAGACUGAAUUAAUAAACAAACUUAGACACA